AUGGAUUCUCUAGCCGUAGUGUGCGUUAUCGCGGUCAUAUUUCUUACGGUAUUUUAUUAUUUUUGUACACAAACCUUUGACUUCUGGAAGUUACGUGGAGUUCGCGGUCCAAAACCGAUACCGAUAUUCGGCAACAUGAAAGACGUUCUUCUUGUAAAAAUAAGUAUGCGUGAAUAUAUGGCGGAACUAUAUCGCACCUACAAAGACGAACCGUUAAUUGGAAUAUACGCUAGAAGAACACCUAUACUUAUUGUGAAAGAUCCAGAUUUAAUUAAGGAUGUUCUUAUCAAAGAUUUCACCGUAUUCGCCGAAAGAGGAGUUAACUUCGACGAAAAAGUACAACCGCUGUCGCCACAUCUUUUUAAUUUGGAGUCAAAAAGAUGGCGACCGUUACGGACUAAGUUUACGCCCAUUUUCACAUCUGGCAAACUAAAAGAGAUGUUUUUUAUUGUAUCGGAAUGCGCUGAUCAUCUCGAAAAGUAUACCGAAACAUUAGCAAGUAAAAGCGAACCUGUGGAAUGUCACGAGCUCAUGGCUAAGUAUACGACCAACGUUAUCGGUAACUGCGUCUUCGGCAUCGAGACGAAUUCAUUAACAGACGACAAUGCCGAAUUUUGUAAGAUGGGAAAAAUGGUAACAAAUUCAUCUUGGAUAAAAGUAUUUUUAAUCAGACUCAGACAAGUUGCGCCGAGCAUCUUUUCUUUCCUUAGAUUUAUCGGUAUUUUAUCGCUACCGACCUAUGUCAAAUUCUUUAUGAAUAUUGUUCACGAAACCAUAGAAUAUAGAAACAAAAAUAACAUUGUUCGACACGACUUUAUUGACGUGCUGCGUAAAAUAAAAGAAGAGGAUAAAGUGGGUGAUAUUGAAAUAACCGACACUUUGCUGGUCGCUCAGGCAUACGUAUUCUUUGUUGCCGGCUUUGAUACAUCAUCUAUUACCAUGUGCAACGUUUUAUACGAAUUAGCAUUGCAUCCGAAAGUACAAGAUAAAUUACGUGAGGAAGUUAAUGAGAUGUAUAAAAAAUACGGAAGCAGUUUAACAUACGACAACGUGAAAGAAAUGCAAUAUUUAGAUAAAGUUUUCAAAGAAACUUUACGAAAAUAUUCGGUAGCGACAGUUAUAAUGAGGAAAGUAACAUCUAAUUAUACUUUUAAUGGUACAAAUGUCACUAUACCAGCAAACCAAAGACUACUGAUUCCAGUUGAUGCUCUUCAGCGCGAUCCAAAUAUUUAUCCAGAACCUGACGUUUUUGAUCCGGAGAGAUUUAGCGACGAAGCUGUAAAAUCCAGACAUCCGAUGUUCUACUUACCUUUCGGGGACGGUCCAAGAAAUUGCAUCGGUUCCCGCUUCGGAACUUAUCAAAUCAAAAUUGGACUUGUAAAGUUGCUGCGAAAUUACAAAUUUGAAACUUGCAAAGAAACACAAAUACCUUAUCGUAUAAAUUCUAAAGCGGUGCUUUUAUCUCCUGUUGGUGGAAUAGUCUUGAAGAUAACUAAAAUUGAGAAGACUUGAGAGUCGAUUGUUUUUGUAAAUUUAAAGUAACUACGUUUAAAAAAAUUAUGUUCUAAUAUAUAUGACAAUCUGAAUAUAUAUG